AUGCAGCCUUCCAGGCACAACCCGCGUCCAGACCUGAUGCGGUCGCAGACGACUGCCCGAGGAUACGGCCCCGGCAACCCUCCCGCGCCCCAGUAUCCCGACUAUGGCUCGCGCGAGUACAGACAUCACCCUCCCGCCUCCGGCUACUAUCCUCCCUCGCUACCCAACCUCACGCGGCAACACCAUUCAUACUACGACGAGCGAGGCCCAUUGCCUCCACCGCCGCUGCACGCGCGUCAUCCCGGCAGGGACGAGGCGAUGCACGAGUAUGCCGGCCGCCCUCUGAUGGCCUCCGCCACGUCGACCGCUUCCUCGGCAAUGUUCCCUCACCCGCACCCGCACCCGCACCACUACCCGCAUCACCACCCACACCAGCCUUCAUAUCCAUCUUCCGUGCCCUCCCUGCCGCUGCACGGCCUCCGUGCACCUGCCGCCCCCAUGAUGGCGGCCGCGGGGUCUUCGCAGCAGCCGACCUAUCGCGGACACAUCAAGACGACCAAGGAUGCCAUCCUGCUCCUCUCGGCCUGCGACCUCCCGGAGGGGGCCGGUUCACAUAGGAACGGGGGCAUCGCCCCUCCCCGUCGGGUGACCCGACGUCUGCUCGACUCGGAGCGUGCCGAUCUCAUCUGCUCUGGCAGCAUAUUUGUCUGGGACGAAAAGGAAGCUGGCAUGCGACGCUGGACCGACGGCAAGUGCUGGAGCGCCAGCCGCGUCAGCGGCUGCUUCCUCACCUACCGCGAGCUCGAGGCGCGCAAGAAGCCGUCGUCGUCGAUCACCGGAGGGCCCACCUCGAACCUCUACAAGACCGAGGGCCUCAUCAAGCAGUCCUUUAGCAUGACGACCACCUCGGGCCGCAAGCUGCACGCCAUCUCGUACUACACCAAGCGCGACGUGCGCGAGGGCGCGCUUCGACGGGUCAGCGAAGACCCGCGCUUCGUCGGCGAAGGCGGCGGCGAGUGGGACCUCCAGGUCGACGAGCACGAGUACCCAGACCCGAUCAGCCGAGCCGGAGAGCUGCCCGACGCCAACGGUCAAGAGGUGGGCUCGCAGUCUCCGCCGUCCUUGGCCGGUCGGGCCGAUGGCGGUGAUGCACCAGGUUCGUCGAGCUUGGUAGACGACCGCGAGCUCAUCGACGACGGCGCUCCGAUCUCGCCAAGAUGCCAGGCUCCCAGCCACCGCCUUGUCGCCUCACCCUCCACCGCGCAGAGAUCUCCCAGGCACCACGACACCGGGCGCGGGACCGUCGCGUGGAGCGGGCACCCCGGUUCCCGCAAGGACUUUGCCAUGGAGACGUCGGCGUACAGUCGCCAGCGAGCGCCAUUCGCCCAGGACGCCACCCCUCUCCACGAGGCGCGAGGGCUGCUUCCGAUCAAGCCGAUUCCGGUCCAGUCGCGCGUCUCUGACCUUCCGCUGAAGCCGACGAGUCGCUCCUUUGACGCCGCCACGGGGCGUUUGGAACCCUCUUCCGUCCACGUCCUCGAGGACCAGGCGCACGGCUCCUACUUCCGCCAGCCCAUGCCGAGCUGGGCCAAGGGCGGGCUGAAGCGCUCCUAUGCCGACUACGCCGCCGCCGACGAACAGAUGGCGGCGGCAGUGGCGGCCGAGGCACAGCAGCGGCCCAAGCUGCAGCGCAUGCGCAGCUCCAGCAUGAACAACGGCAGCGGCGAAGACGCCUUUGCCUCGGUCCGUACGCUGGCCCGCGCUGGCUCCGACGAAGAGGGCGUCUCCAAGAUGCGUUCGACCCAUACAUGGUCCCCCGCGCACACCCCCGCGCCCGGAGGCGGCGCCGGUGGGCCGCCCCGCGAGCAGGACUCGGCCGUCGGCGCAUUGCUGAGCCUGCGUUCGUCGGCGUCGGACGACUCGAGCAAGAUGCCCGGUCUCGACUCGAUGCUGAACCCGUCGCCUUCGACGUCCACCCCAACAUCGAUCGACUCGUCCAACGACAGCGCCUCUAAGCCGUCCCUUUCGCGGUCGGACCGUGCCGCGCUGGACCGCUUCAGCAUCCGGAUCUGA